UCAGAAUAGCUGUUAAGUGUAGUCUAAAUGACAGUAAUAGUAAAUAAAGGUGUAAAGUCGCCACAGCUGCUCUCACACACUCAUCUUCGACACUAACAGCUCGAUCACGUGCGUGUUUAGAUUAUUUUAAUUCAAUUACUCAUUAAACAGUGUUUUAUGAGCGUCUACUCAUCUCCUGAAGCAGCAGCAGCAGCUCAUGUUAACACAGCAAAGCUUCAACUCUGACGAGUAAAGGCUGAUAACCGCCACGCGCUACUUUCACUAUGGUAAACUUUUCCAACAGAAGCAGAUCUAGGCGUCCUCCGCAUUGGCUCGCGUCGCGUCGGGCGCGUCAGUGACGUCACUAACGCGUUGUUUUCGCCUGUGUGGAGCUGGAGCAGCGCGCGUGCGGAAACACAACGCAGAAGAAAAACAAACGGAAACAAACACACAAAUCAACGGCAGCGAUGUCCGACUUCGGCAGAUACACGCACGCGGUCAUGCGCGCGAUGCCCGCGUCCCUGAGCACAGCCGCGCUGCGCACCGAUAACGAGUCCCCGGUGGAUCCGCUCGGGGUGCAGCGGGAGUUUGAGCACUAUGUGUCCGUGCUGAGGGACCGGCUCGGGCUGCAGGUGCUGAUGCUGCCCGCUGAUGAGGAGCUGCCGGACUGCGUGUUCGUGGAGGACACGGCGGUGGUGUGCGGGAACACGGCGCUCAUCACCAGACCCGGAGCGCCGAGCCGCAGGUCGGAGACGGUGGCCAUGAAGGGUGCAUUGACUGAGCUCGGCCUGAAUAUUGUUGAGAUGAGAGAUGAAUCAGCCACGAUGGAUGGAGGAGACAUUCUGUUCACAGGUAAAGAGUUCUUUGUGGGAUUAUCAAAGAGGACCAAUCAGAGAGGAGCAGAGAUCCUGGCCGACACCUUUAAGGAUUACUCAGUGUCCACUGUUGCUGUAGAGGAGGGUCUCCAUCUGAAGAGCUUCUGCAGUAUGGCUGCUCCAGACCUCAUCGCUAUCGGCUCCAGUGACGCCGCACAGAAGGCCCUGAAGAUAAUGCAGCAGAUGAGUGAUUUUAAAUAUGAGAAGCUGACGGUUCCUGAUGAUCGAGCUGCAAACUGUGUGUACAUGAACCUGCCGGGGAAAGGAGAUGUUCUACUGCACUGCACACCUGAAGUGUUUCCUGAGAGUGCCAAGGUGUUCGAGAGGCUGAAGAGUCACAUGCUCAUCCCAGUGGCCAAUCAGGAGAAGAUGAAGGUAGACGGAGCACUGACCUGCCUAUCAGUGCUCAUACGCAUCUGACACACACACACAAGAGAGAGAGAGAGAGAGUGUGUGUGUGUGUCCUUCUAAAGGUCUUUUAAACUCACUCAGUGGCUGUUUAAAGCACUUAAAUCUGCUCAGAGUUUUCUAAAGCUCCCUCUAGAAGAGAUGAGUUUAAUUCAAUCAGUUUUCUAAUAUGCAAGUAAGCAGACGUCAUGUUUCUACCUCUCCACACUCAGAUCUGAGGAGAAAUCCUUCUUUUCUCAGCCUUUUUAACCCUUUCAUUACCAGUGCAGUCAGCACGGCUAUUUCAUCAUUAUUGUCCUUAUGAAAUCUCCCUUUAUGGCAGAAAUCCCACCCAAACUGGAGCUGUAACCCACUUCAAGUGGAGCUUUACUGAGCAGAAAGUGAUAGUUGUGUGAAACGUGCUGGUUUUAAACCGUGAAUGAGGCUUCAUUAUUAAAUAGUGCUGUCUAGAUCACAGAGAAUCGUGUGUAUGAAUAGCUUUAUUGAGCACUUAUGUUUAACACAGACGUGAUGUGAAAAGAGUCGCAGUAAAGAGCUGUUAAUGAGAAACUGAUGAAAAACUAAACACUAAUAAUCUAAAUAUUGAUAGUUUUGUCUUGUUUACCAUUAAAUAUGAUUAAUAACAUGCCAUUAGCAUUAUAUCUCAAAGAUAAUUCAGAAAUGUACAUUUUAUCUACUUAUACACUAUGUACAUCGCAUGCUAAAUUACAUGUUUCCUCCCAUAUGCAGUAAAACAUUACAUUAGUAGACCAAAUUAAUUAUAAAAUACAUUCAUAUUUUCAACAUUAGACUGCUUUCCUAAUGCAUUAAUACUCAUUACCCAUAUAGUCAUUGAGCUAUAGUGAAUAUUAUGUUCUUGAACCAUACUGUAACCUAAUACCUGUAUUAUAGCCUACAGUGUUGAUUAUAGGAUCUACAACUAUGUUGAGUGCUCCAAGAUACUGUAGUAUUAACUAUAGUGAACUGAUCAACUGUAAUAAACACUGUAGUAUACUUAAGUUUUUACUACAGUAAACUGUGCUGUAGUGUAACAUAAUAUACCCUAUAUUUGUAGAAAACUACAGUGUUUGGUGAUUUAUUUAUAUUACUAUAGUAGUUGUGUUACCAUAGCAACUGUAGAAUCACCACAACAGAUAAUUUAUUAUAGUAGUUGUGUUACUAUAGCAACUGUAGAAUCACCACAACAGAUAAAUUACUAUAGUUGUGUUACAAUAGCAACUGUAGAAUCACCACAACAGAUCAAUUAUUAUAGUUGUUGUUACCAUAGCAACUGUAGAAUCACCACGACAGAUAUAUAAAUAUAGUAGUUGUUAUCAUAGCAACUGUAUAAUCGCCACAGUAGAUCAAUUACUAUAGUUGUUGUUACCAUAGCAACUGCAGAAUCACUACAAAAGCUAUAUUACUAUAGUAGUUGCAUUACCAUAGCAACUGUAUAGUCACCACAACAGAAAUUUUACUAUAGUAAUUGUUACUAUAGUGUAGCGCAACAGAUCAAUUACAAUAGUCAUUUCUAUAGUAGUUGUGUUACCAUAGCAACUGUAGAAUCACCACAACAGGUUAAUUCAAGUACUUUACUAUAGUACGGUUCAAAAACACUACAGUAUUUACUAUAAAUUGCUAUAGUAUUUUUAUAUUGGCUCCUUAAUAUAUAGUUUAAAUGAUUGAUUUAUUGCUAACUUUUUCAAAGCAUUAAUUCACAGGAAACAGUUUCUUCCUGAUGGGUUAUAUGGGAGGAAAAGCUUCAUUGUUCAUAUUCUGCUUUCAGCUCAUCUGUUUAUCUGUAUGCCUAAUUUGAUUUUUAAAAAUGACUUUCUUAAAGCAUACCUGUUGUGCUUUAGUAAUCAGCCUGUCAUCCCUCUACACAUAGAAAGUGUCUCAGGUUUUGGGAUUAUGCAGUAUAUUUGUAAUGCUGAUCUGUGUUUUGCUAGCUGUGCCUCAGGACUUUUUAUUAGAAAUCUUAACAGUUUGUGCCAUAAUAAUCUCUUUAACACUGUGCUAUUCACUCUUUGUAACGGCUUUGGUAAAUAAAAAUAAUCAGCUUUAUGAAA